AGGAAAGUGGUAUUAUAGCAAACCCAAAUGAGCAGAACGGCCAGAGCAUUCAAUACCAGCGCUGCCUCUGCACAGGCCAUGACGAAGUAUACAAAAGGUAAACCUCUACCUUCUUCAAACUCUACAUCUCUUUUCUAACCUCCGACUAGCAUCAUAACCCAACAGAAUACUGCUGGAUCAACCUCGCCCGUCCAAGAGUGCAUGCAAUGCCUCGCCCAAGCCGGCGGCAUGUCGCCCACCAAUCCCAAAGGCGAGAUCCAACUCACGCUCUGGAAAAUCCACGACUUCUGCAACACAGCGCACCCCAACCUCUACGAUCUGCUUGUCAGACUCCUGGCUUUCAUGAAGGCUGCCUCGCAACCCAAGACUUUCAGCGUGAUCCCGCCAAGGCUAAGCGCUGUGACGACGUUUGCGAACCGCUUCAUGCCAACGCCGGGGAUGAAUUCGCCGUCGACUGUGCCGGUGGGGUUUACCAGGCCUGGGGGAGGUAGUGGUUCGGGAGAAGGGGCCGCGCUGUCGUGGUGGGAAAGCACGUUAAGCCCAGGUAUGCCCGUCCCGACCGAAUAUCUCGCCCAACUUCCGCCCAACUGGCCGUAUACAGCGUACGGCGUAGCCAGACAGUCUGGUAUGGUCACCUCGUGGGCUUUGGUCCAGCCGAAUGCGUCUUCGUCGCUGCAGAGUACGGUCGCUUGGGUGUAUCAUUCGGUGCUGUGGAAUCCGAGACCGCUGUUUACACCGUCGGAUGCUAUUGCUGCUGCCUCUGGUAAGCUGUAUAAUCCGUUGCUGGAGGGCUGGACACAUGCUUUCCAGGAUGCGCAGACUGCCGCUGUACGCGCUGCUACUACACCCGCACCGCUGACUCAAUCGCCUGCUCUUCUUCUCACUUCAGGCGAGACGGGACCGCGGAUUGAAUCUUCUUCACUUUCAACCAUAGUAGAUGGAGGUCAAACGUCCUUGUUAGCGCGGGGAAUGCGGGCUGCUGUAACAACUACAAUUGUGGAGCCGAAGAUGACUUCUGCGUCUGUACCUGUUACUACGGUGCGAGAAAGUGUGCCGAGUGCGGUGUGGGAGGAACUACAGAGUAUACAGUCGAGAUUCGGCCGUUAAUAUCUUACAUAGGUCUUCGUAAGCACUGUAUUCCCUCACUCAUCCCCUUGAACAGACACUCGCCUCGACACUCUCGUGUGCUGUGGGAUAUGUGAAAUUGAUCCUAACAGGAGCAAAGAUGAUAAGUUUGGAUAAUUACAUUAAUUAACUAGUAUUCCCUUUCGUCAUGAAGGC